ACGAUACCGUCGUCGUCGAUUUUCAUUUUCCGUUCAAAGUCCUUUCUCUUUCCGUGUCCAAAUGCCCCUAUAUAUAUAGAAACAAGGACGCAUUUAAACUUUUUUUCAACAUUUUGAAUCCUUGAAGGUUAAAAGAUCUAUCGUCUCCCUUUGAGAUCUGAAUCUCUUCUUCUUCGUCAACUAUCGCUUUGAAUCCCUGGUUUGUUUUGUGGUCCUCUGUAGAUCCAAUGGAGAAUGGUGAGAUUGAGAACGCAGACGAGGAAUUGCCUUCGCCAAGCGGACGAAAAUACAGACCAGUCGUUGCUCAUGAUCGAGCUGUUCUCCAGAUGUCUUCAAUAGACACCGAAUCUUCUUCUUCUUCUUCUUCUCAAUUGCCUAAUCCUGAUGGUCCAUUGAAGAAAGUUAAAGUAAACUUGCAAUCAAACAUGGGUUCUGAUGCGAAACAGGGGACAUCUCCUUCUCAUGCACGUGGGGAAUCCAAAUUGGAAUUGUUUGGUUUUGAUUCUCUUGUCAAUAUUCUUGGUCUUAAAAGUAUGACAGGAGAACAAAUUCCAGCACCUUCCAGUCUUAGAGAAAGGGAGGAUGUUUCUAUCAGGAUUGGACAGCCAAAGGUAUUCCAAUUCUCUUUAGCAUGUUACCAUGGGUUUGAGUUUGUAGAGAUGAUUACAAGGAUGCAAAUUAUGGUUUUGUAUUUAUUGUAUGGAUUGUUCUUGAUCCACGGACUGAGCUGACUUUGCACACUUUUC